AUGAGGAUGUUAGGAAAAUUUAUCCUCCUCUUCUUCCUCUUCGCUGCACCAUCCACAGCGGAUAUCAGAUCCGUGAAGAUCCGAUCCCAUAACCGAGAUAUAAUCUUCUUUUCGGAGUUUGAAUACCCACAUACCGGUUACGUUUCCGUCGCUGUCUCCUCCGUCGGGAUCUCCUCCAUUCCGGUCACCUCCAACUCAUCACAACCUGAUCCAUCACGCAUUGGUUUCUUUCUUCUUUCGGAUGAACUGCGACACAGAUACAAUCUUGAAUUCGAUCGAAACCCUGAUUUGUGCGCACUGGAUAUCAAAUUCAUAACAGUCCUCUAUACUUUCCAAAAUCUUGCCCCUCCUCCUCAUUCAUCCUUUAACAAAUCGUACAAUGUCAUAUAUCCAGGUAAAUACUCACUCUACUUCGCCAACUGCAACGACCUAUCCCUCGUCACCAUGGAUGUCCGCACAGAACUCUACAACACCAACGACGACGGAACCACCAAAGAUUAUUUAUCAGCCGAGCAACCUCAGCCAUCUCUCUACUUCAAUUUCUUCUACAUUUAUCUCUGUUUCUUAUCGAUAUGGAUCGAAGUAUGCUUCAGGAACAAACAAUAUUUUCAGAAGCUCCAUUUAGUAAUGGGUGUGUUGCUUGUGAUGACUCUCCUUAACUUGUCUGCAAGGGGAUGGAUCAACAUGAUUUCAAGGUUACAGGUUUGGGGUAGUGUAAGUUAUACAGUAGUAGGGCAAUCUGUUUCAUAUAUUGAAGAGCAUGCUUUGAAUGAAAGUUUUGGUGUUAUAGAUGGCUUCUGUUGCUUCGUUGUUUUUUUCCACACUUUUUGCUCUGGUAUAGCUUUCAAAGAGGCUAAGGAUACAUCAACCUUUAUGAGGUCGUUUAUCUCGAUCAAGGAGACUUCUGUUAGGCCGGAUGUGUUCCCUUUCGUGUUUUUAGUAUACAUUAUUUUCUUAAGGUGGACUACCGAGGAAAUCGGCAAUCUCUUGUUCUAUAUUGUGAUGUUUUACCUGUUCAGGCCAUUUGAUCUUGACGAUGAAGGUACAAAGGGUGCGGGAAUUCUCAAUGAUACUGAUAAUAAAGUGUGA